AACAAAGGCCAUCAUCAUCAAUGGUGAUUUGAAUAGUGUGUAUGUGUGUUUAGUUCCUUGAAAAGGUGAAGGCCUAGUAUAAUCUGGACUCACACUGGGGUCAUAGGUGCCGGUCAGCGGGGGCAACGGAGCCGAUGACCCCAACAACUUCUUGAGCAAGUCUCCGGCCAAAUGUGAGUUUCUAGUCGGGCCUGAAAAGAGCCCUAAGCGGCGGCUUUCGGACCCGCUCUUGGAAGACUUCACCCCUCCCGGUCUCCACUCCCCUUUCGAUAAAACUCCCUCACUUUUUGGCCUCCGACCCAGCGCGAAAAAUUGGCCCCGAUGUCUGGCUGAUAUUUUUAGACCCCAAGCACCGUGGUACAGCAGGACCCAAAGGGAGCGAACCCAGAUUCUUAAAGGCAUUAGCAACCGUAGCCAUCUCCAAGUCCAAGCGCUUAGUCCAGGGCUCUUAGCAACCGUAGCCAUCCUCAAGUCCAAGCUCUUAGUCCAGUGCUCUACACAUAGUAAGCGCUCAGUAAAUACUGUUGAAUGAAAGUUGGUCUUGGCUGCUUUGCAGCCUGCCAACAAUAAACCCAUCCUAAGGUUAGCAGGACGGGCUUUCGGAGGCCCGAGCGGAGGGCAGAAGUCACGAUUUGAGCAAGAUGCCGGCAUUCAUCGCCCGGCGAGUGUCGUCGACCGAAAGCCUGGCUGCAGACCGUCCCCUCCGACGACACCGUAGGGAAGAAAUGAGUUAGAGGAACUCGGAGCAGUGGAAAAUGUAGGAGAAGCUUAGCUUUACUGCGAAGUCUUUGAGUCCGGGUGUAACCUAACUAGCUAGAGGAUAUGCAGUUCCUGAUUGACAGCGGGACUAACAUUAUGCAAAUAUUGUGAGAGUUAAGCAGCAGCAGCAGCAGCAGCAGCUCCGGAACGGUGAUCGGGGGCUCCGUGAGGGGCUACCUCUCCCCCGGCCGCGGAGAUCUUGCCAGUUUUUCCUGUAUCUGCCUCUCGUCAUCUUUGCAAAUAAAUUAUACAUCCCCGUCGUGGCUUUCAUGUCGUUAUUCCAGCAAAGCUGCAGUGCAGUUUUCACGCGUGAGAGCGUCUCCUCUCCUCCCCAAACUAGGUGAUUUUUAGCAGCCGGUCCCGCUGCCUUUGAGACUCGGGUGUAUUAAAUCCUCCCUAGAACGUUGUCUUGACAAAUAGUGGGGUCUGCCCGUUCCUUCCCGUUGUCUUCGGCGUGGAGCCUUAUGUAGGUCAGGCUCGGCUUAAGCAGAUUUCCUGAACCUGCGUCAGCCUAAGCCGGAGGAAUUUUAAUAAACCCUCCCCUGUAGGCGUGGGCCUAAAUGAGACCAGCCUAGUUAAACCCGAGCUUUUUCCGUCGGUGAAAAAGAGCCGAGCCGAGCCAGAGACCGCAUGGUGGUUGCAGAAACCACCUACUUCGUUCGGAGCUAACAAUGGUCGGAAAGGCUAGGUCUUCGAAUUUUACCUUAUCCGAAAAGCUGGAUCUGCUAAAGCUCGUGAAGCCGUACGUGAAGAUUCUCGAAGAACAUACCAAUAAACACUCGGUGAUAGUGGAGAAGAACAAAUGUUGGGACCUCAUAGCGGAUAACUACAACGCCGUCGGAGUCGAUCGCCCUCCUCGCACGGCUCAGGGCCUGCGCACCUUGUAUAAAAGGCUCAAAGAAUAUGCCAAGCAGGAGCUGCUGCAGCAGAGGGAGACUCAGGCAGAUUAUAAAAGCAGUGUUUCCGAACCGACCAGGAAAGUUGUGGAGAUGAUCCCCCAGCUUUCCAGUGCCUGUCUUGGAAAAAACAGUGGACCGAGUGCCAACCUGGAUAAGGAUGGAUAUGCUGGGCCCAGUCCACCGCAGGUAAUGUUGGAUCACCCUCCUGUCGCUGUGGCAGUUACGAUGGAAUUGGAGCAAGAGGAAGAUAUUAAACCACCUCCUCCAAUGAUCAUAGAUUUGCAGCAGAGCGAAGUGUUAGAACAAAGAGAAGAGCAUGAAUCGGUCCAGGUCAUGGAGCGAUCUCCUUCCCCUUCCCUUUCCUCUGUUGACAUGAGAAUGACACUGUCGCCAUCCUCUCUCCCGAGAAGAGAUGAUUUUUUAAGGCAUGAGAGUGGCGAACGCUUUAGGCCUGCGUUAGGGUACGAUCCGCAGACCCUGCAGAUGUUAAAGGAGGAGCAUCAGGUCAUUUUAGAAAAUCAAAGAAAAUUUGGACUCUACGUCCAGGAAAAGAGGGAUGGUUUGAAAAGAAGGCAGCGGCUCGAAGAAGAGUUACUAAAAGCAAAAAUCAAAGUGGAGAAGCUGAAGGCCGUCCGUCUACGACGUGAUCUUCCUGACUACAACAUCCUCUAGACAGCUGGACCUAGCCGAAAAUUGGGGGAUCUUAGAUCUUAAGAAUGUUUUCGUCCUAGUAAGUUUGUAUACGAGUGUUUGGCUGGAUCCAAAAUAGGCCUAAUGUUCGGGAAAUCCUAUAGAUCACCUUACGUUUCUCCUCUAUUUGUGUUUUUCGGGAAUAGCACCAGUCCAUGACUUUUCGAUUUCCUCCUAAGAAUUUGAAAAUUCUUAGUAGCUGGCCCCUUGAAGAGCACCGUAAGGGUGUUUUGUUGGUUUUUUUUAACAUCUAAUUCAAGUGAAAGAAAAUAUCAGAAACAACUUCCUCAGGCUUUGAACCUUCCCAACAGAUAUAUUUAAGAAGGACUUUGAAAAAGGGGAAGUACUAGCUUGAAACUUUCAGCUGUUGUUAGGGGUUGUGAUCAUGACAAUUUCAGCAAGAGUUUUAAAUUGAUAAUAUUAUUUAAUCUGGUGCUAAAUGCCUGGAAAGAGAGGUUGAUUCUGUGUUAGUCUCUUUCCGAGGAAGAGCUCUGGCGAUUCUUUUGAAUUCUCUUUAUGAAGUGAUUUGUUGACAGAUUAAACCAUAAGGAUCUCCUUCCUUGUAAGAUUAUACAAAGUUGUGACUGCGGGGAAUUCUAUCAGAUUUUUUAUUCAGCAAAAGACGAUAAGAAAUCUUCACGUAGCUAUUUCAGCAUAGUCUUAGGCUCAGUGUUAUGACACAAAAAAUACAUGCUUUAUUGUAAUUUAAGUAUUUUUUACCAGAAGAAUAUCCACCCAAAAUAAAAUGUAAAAAUAAAUCAUAUCUGGUACUCUAUAUCAAAAA